UUUUUAAUCAGAUACCUCAGUUUGCUUUGAAGAGUGUGUUAGGUGAAUUGAAAUAGAUAUGAGUAAUAAUAGACGCCCGUUCACCUGUUACUUUUGCAACGAAUUGAUCAAAACUGAAACGGAAAUGGGACACAGCACGUUGUGCUCCAAAGUGCUCAUUCCCUGCCCGUUUAAAUGCGGCUCCUACAUUCAAAGGGCCGAUUUGGCCAAACACAAGGCUGAAUGCAAUAAUAAUUUUCGAAAAUCUGCAAAUCUAGAUGUGGACAAGGUACCGUCAAAUGGUACUUUCAACGCUUAUUCCCUGGAUCGCAAUGGAAAGACAACAUUAAAUCACCCCAAACUACAAGAAGAAAUCGUGAAGUUGCACAAGCGUUUUUCUAGCCUGGAAACUAAAGUAGCAUCCCUGAAUCAAACCCAAGCAAAUGCAUCUUUGAAUUCAGCUACUACUGCUAGUGCAUUAGGAAAUAUUGAAGAUAUGCGCUCCACUCUAAAGCAGCAUUCGCUCUCUAUCCAAAAAGCCAACUAUUUUAACGGCUUUAUUUCGGAAUGGAAGAAAAACGUCGACUCACAAAUCACUGCUUUGAAGAGUUCCUUGUCAUCAGCCGAUACACUGAAAACAGAGUCAGCGAAAAAAUGGGAGUUUGUUCAAGAAAAACUUAUUCACCUGCAAAAUCUUCAAAUGGACUUAAGCCUGCUAAAGCAGACCUUGUUCAAAGACAGCUCGCAUUUCAGGAAGACUCAAAUGGACUUUGCGACUAAUCUGGAGGACAUUAGAGCGACAUUUAAUCAACAGAUUGCCUCGUUUGAAAACAUGUGGCACCAGCAGACCAGUGUUAUUCAAGAGGCCAUUCGAAACAUAUCGGAUGUUAGACAGGCUAUUGACGAACAAAAGGCAAAAUAUGCUGCUUUAGUGUUCGAGCUUCGAACAGUGAGCCAAAUCUCCUCAGAAGCUUCGCAGAAAAUCGAAAUUAUGGAACGGGACUUUGGGAAAGUGCAACAAGAACUAAAUCAGAUGAAAGUAAACGUUGAAAUUUUAGAAGACUUAGGCAGCAGCGAUAGCUCAACUUACCAAAGACUAGUAUGGCGAAUAACUGAAGUCGAAUCUAAGUUACAGAAAGCGAAAGAGAGCGACAUUGUUCUGAAAAGCCCUAUUUUCUACACGCAUCGCUAUGGAUAUAAAAUUAGGAUACUACUGUACAUAAACGGACUGAACAAGUGGAAAGGCAGAUACGCUUUGGCCUGCAUACAUGUGCUCAAAGGAAAAUACGAUCCCUUAUUGGCAUGGCCCUGUAUAAUUGAGGGCCAAAUUUCCUUAAGAGACUUAACAGAAACUAGUCAGAAGAAGGAUUUUAUAAAAUUCAUAAAGACAAAACGACCAAGUGGGGACGAGGAUGAGGACGAACCGCAGGAAUCUUCACCUACGUAUAUUUUUAUACCCCACUCGGUCAUGUUGAAAGCAAACUACACAAAAAAUGAUACACUUUUUUUGGAUGUUAAUAUAAGCGAGAACCAGACACGACACGAGACAAGUUUGUAGUUAAUAAAAUUUUGUUCUUUUUUA